CACCACAACUACUGCUAGUACUACUACUACUUUCCCUCUUUCUGGUUCCGUAUAGUUUCAAAGUUUCAACAGCAAAGACCACAGAACACACACAGAGAAAAAUGAAUUGUUGUGCAUUAUUUCUCAACUCCACUCUUUUCCCAAUUACCAUUAAUAUCAAAUCUGUUAUGUUCAAAAACCAAUCAUUUUUUCUCAGACAAUCCUCAGUUGUCUCCGCAAACCUUAGUACUGUUACCAAACACAAAUCCUUAUCCUCUGUUUACUCCAACAGCCUCAGAGUCCUCGAAUGGGACAAGCUCUGUGACUCUGUCUCUUCCUUUGCCACCACUUCCUUUGGCCGCGAAGCCACAAAGGCGCAGCUGUGGUCUCUGAAUCAAACGUACGAAGAGAGUCUGAGGCUUUUGGAAGAGACCAAUGCGGCCGUGGAAAUGUACAACCACGGUGGUUGUAGAUUGGACUUUACCGGCAUUGAUGUUGUUCUUGUGAAAUCUGCUAUCCAACAAGCCAGGAGAAGUUUACCGGUGGAUGGAAAUGCAGCAAUGGCUGUUGCAGCUCUACUACAGCAUUGUGAAACUUUGCAGUUAAAUUUAAAAGCUGCAAUCAAGGAAGAUGCAGAUUGGUACAGACGUUUCAUGCCUCUCACAGAAGAGAUAACUGGAUUUGUUAUAAAUCGAUCAUUAGUUAAGUUGAUACUGCAAAUUAUAGACGAAGAUGGCUCUGUUAAAGAUUCAGCGAGUCCAACCCUGAAACUAUCACGUGAACAAGUGAGAAUGCUUGAGAGAAAGAUAUAUCAGUUAAUGGACAGCUUAAUUAGGAGUGAGAAGAAUGAAACACCAUUUCUGGAAGUGAGUAACAUAGAUGGCAGGUGGUGUAUAAAAUCAGGGGUGGAUCAACUGAAAGGCGUCAAGGGUCUACUGUUAUACAGUGGUUCAGGCAGAGGAAGCAUUGUAGAGCCACUCUCUGCCGUUCCUUUAAAUGAUGAGUUGCAGCAAGCAAGAGCAUCAGUGGCAAAGGCUGAGGCAGAUGUGCUUUCAAUGUUAACAGAAAAGAUGCAAAUUGAUCUUGAUGAGAUUGAAAAGUUGUUAAACAGUAUAAUUCAACUGGAUGUGGUCAAUGCUCGAGCAACCUUUGGUCUUUCAUUUGGAGGCACAUAUCCUGAUUUGUUUCUAUCAAAAGGCAGUGGCUCUUCUACUUCUGUUGUGUAUCCAUCAGGAAACAAAAAUUCAAAUGCAUCAUACCCCAUUAAGAGGGAAUGGACAUUGUAUCUGCCAAAAGCUUAUCAUCCUUUAUUGCUUCAGCAGCAUAGGCAAAAUUUGCAGAAGGCCAGGAAAGAUGUCAGUAAUGCUACUUCUGAUAUUAGGAGAAAACAGCAAGGUGAGAUUAUGGCACGAAAAGGAGAAAAAGAUGUAGAUCUUCCAUCCUUAAAAAUGCAGGUUACUGCACUAGAACAAGCUCAUCCAGUUCCAGUUGAUUUUUUUGUAAAUCAUAAAACUCGAGUUUUGGUUAUAACUGGCCCCAAUACUGGGGGUAAAACCAUUUGUUUAAAGACAGUCGGAUUGGCAGCUAUGAUGGCUAAAUCAGGUCUAUAUGUUUUAGCUUCUGAAUCAGUAAAAAUCCCUUGGUUUGAUGCUGUUUUUGCUGACAUUGGGGAUGAACAGUCCUUGUCACAGUCUUUAUCUACCUUCUCUGGCCAUUUGAAACAAAUAAAUGACAUUCGAUUACAUGCAACAAGUCAGUCAUUGGUGCUACUAGAUGAAGUUGGUGCGGGAACAAAUCCCCUUGAAGGAGCAGCACUAGGGAUGUCACUGUUGGAAUCUUUUGCUGAAACUGGUGUUUUGUUGACAAUAGCUACUACACAUCAUGGUGAACUCAAAACCCUGAAAUACAGUAAUGACACCUUUGAAAACGCAUGCAUGGAGUUUGAUGAAGUGAAUCUGAAACCAACUUUCAAGAUUCUCUGGGGAGUACCAGGGCGUUCAAAUGCAAUCAAUAUAGCUGAAAAGUUAGGAGUGCCCAGUAUAAUUGUGGAUAAUGCUCGUGAGCUAUAUGGUUCAGCUAGUGCAGAGAUAGAUGAGGUCAUAACUGAAAUGGAAAGGUUAAAGCAAGACUUCAAGGAGUAUUUGGAGGAAGCACAACAUCAUAUGAUGCUCUCAAAAGACCUUUAUGAAAAUUUAUUGGUUGCUAGAAGGAAAAUAAUGGAACAUGGCACUAGACAAAGAUUGAGGAAGAUGCGUGAAAUAUCUGAGGCUGCAGCAAUGGCACGUUCUAUUCUUCACAACAAAGUGCGACAACUUCGUGCAUCUGCAAUUCAAUCUUCACAGCCAACUCCAACUCAUAAAAGCCAGCAUGCAUUGGUUAUCAGCAGACAGCAUACUAUGGCAGAAUACACUGAACCUCCUAUGGCAUAUAAGAGUGCAUCCUUUAUUGAAGAUAUCAAGCAAACGCCAUCAGAGAAGUCUCAGCUUCCCAAGGUUGGUGAUAUGGUGCAUGUUUCUUCUCUUGGGAGGAAGGGGACAGUUUUAAGAUUGGAGCCAUCUAAAGAUGAAAUAGUAGUUCAAACCGGUAACAUGAAGUUGAAGUUAAAGUUGAUUGAUAUUGAGAAGUGAUAAUCGAGGAUUUAUACAUGUCCUUGAGAACAAGAAGGUGGGAUCAUAUUGAACACUGUCAUCAUCAGGUGCCCUCAAGAAGAUGGACCAAUGGAAACCAGAAGCAUUCUGAAAUUCAGGGCUGUUUGGUAGUGUAACUUGAACAACAAUUUUCAGUGUUUAAACAACAUUAUACGUAUUUCCACACAUUUUUUCACUCACACAUAUUUCCAAAAAAUACAAACAAUGUUACCAAACACCCCCCAAAUAUGAAGAUUCAAGAAAACAAAGAGCUUUGACAAUUCAAUGAGUCAAGUCAUAGAGUUUUAAGAUAUUAUCAGUUAUACAAAUCCACAUCCUAGUGGAGACUCAAUGAUGGUUUACUGUUCAAUGCCGGCAUCUUGAGGAUACUAAGGAAAAUGGUGCAAGGUAUGCUUAUGUUUAACUUCGUUCAUGGUUUAGUUGAAUGAUAGACUAUCUAACAAGGCCCACAGGUAUAAAGAAAUUCUACUCCUAUUACUAUAUGUAAUAGCAAAAGCCUAAUCCUCCAUUCCCUCCCAUAAAUACACGUGGCAUAUGAAAUUCCAGUACCAAAGACAGUGUAAAACACACUUCUAAGACAUUGUUUAUGCUUCAAAAAAACCAUUUAAUGCUAAGACACCAUUUAACUUAAUAUGUUUUAAAAAUAACCAUUUAAUUAAAUACAAAAACCCGAAAGGAUUGAGAGAGGUUCAGAGAGAUUUAGAGUUUGCAAGGAACAGGGGGAGAAAGAGAGACAUUUAUAUUGAGAUUUAUUUGAUUUUAGGUAUCAUUCUUUUGUAGACUAAUUGUUUUUGAGAUGUUUUGAUUAGGUCUUUCAAGUUCAAGUUUAGGACUAUGAAUUAUAGGAAUAUUAGGCGCUAGAAGGAGUGUUGGCAAGUCUUUUUGGAGUUUUAUGCUAAACUCAUUGAUUUAAUUAUGUUCAGGUUUUAUUUCAACAAUUUUGGUAGUAAUUGUUGCCCGUUUUGCCAAUCCUCAUUUAAAGGCAUUCCUUAAAUUAUUUUUUUUUGGGUUAAACACAUAAUUUAUACAGUUCUUUUGUCGCUACUUGCUGGUCUUUUUGGUUCUCCAAUUCUUUGGUGAAUGUGAGAGCAUGUUUAUUUCAGGUGGGGAUUUCAUCUGGUGCAGCAGCAGCAGCUGCUGCAAUAAAAGUGGGAAAGAGGCCUCAAAAUGAUGGAAAACUCGUUGCUAUUUUCAGAAGGUUUUUGAUCUACUCUUGGAAGUUUCUGAGGUUGAAAAGAUGACCCCAGAUAGGAUGGUGAAGAUAGUUUUUGUGUUUAGCAAUGUGGGGUUCCAGCGAGGAGGGGAUAAGAUAUUGCCAGAAAUAGUGUUUUGGAAUGCUAGAGACUCUGUUCAAGUUUGCUGGCAAGGAAGAGAGAAGGUGUAGCCAAGGUUCGUGGGGUUUUGGAUGGUUCACUGACUACAUUGUUGGAGGAAAAUGUGGUUCCAUCUCUGGAGGAAUUAGUGAAGUCAGUUCCAAAGCCAGAGAAGUUGAUGGAGUUCCCUCAGCAAUUUCUGGAGAAGAUUACUAUGAUCUUAUUGUAUUUGAUUGAUGUAUCUAAAACAGUGAGAAAUUUUGCUUUUUACAGAAUAGAAUUUGAUCUGUUUGCACUGAAUAGUCUUCAUUAUUAGAAAACUGACAUCAAGGAGUCAUUGAUGUCAGCAGCAUGUUUACUGUGAUCU